AUGUCACACGUCCCGGCCUACCCUCGAGACGAAAUCGCAGGAGUCGAGCUUCACCCUAUUGAGCAAGACAAGGACCUCGACAACAAGCACCCCGGCGGCUCCUCCGACGACAUUCAAGCUGUCACCAACAAUGAGGAGUACGACCCCUUCGAGGUCGAUCAGAACUAUCUCGUCGCCUCCAGGACGACCAAGUUCUUCCGCGGGGUCCUCUUCCAGAUGGUACUCUUCGGCGCGCUGUCGUUCGUCGGCCCUUCCAUGAACGAUGCCAUCUCCAACCUCGGUGGAGGUGGUCUAUCCACUCCCUACCUCGCCAACUUGGCCAAUGCCCUCAACUACACCAUGUCCUGCCUCUUGACCCUAUUCGGCGGACCCAUCAUCAACAAGGUCGGCAUCAAGUGGGCAUGUGUCAUUGCUGCUUUCGGCAUGCCUCUCGGUGGCAGCGGCUACUACACCCGUGCUCGCUUGGGUAUCGACUGGUACCUGCUCUUGGCUAGGUGUGUCGGCGGUAUUACUGGCGGCUUCCUCUAUGUCGGCGAGAGUACUGCUAUGCUCUCCUACCCCCUCCAGGACGACCGCGGUCUCUAUCUGGGGAUCUGGAGUGCGAUGCGCAAUUCUGGAAGUAUCAUGGGCGGAGCGAUCAACUUCGCCACGAAUUUCUCGUCCUCGACCGCUGGGGGCAUCGCUUGGUCGACCUACCUUAUCUUCAUCGGCUUUGAAUGCACCGGGGUAAUCUGGGCCUUCCUCCUCUCCCCUACCGCCAAGGUCCGCCGGAAGAACGGCACGCGCAUCCCGAGCUCCCCGCCUCUGUCGUGGAAGAAGGAGUUCAUCGCGCUCUACCAACACGCCAAGAGCCCUAGGACCUGGCUCAUGUUCGUCCCCGCAUUUUAUUCCUUCUUCUGUGGCGGAACCUUCGGAACCUACCUCUCACUCAACUUUUCCGUUCGCGCCAGGGCUCUUUCGUCCCUCAUCGUCCCCUCCUUUACCGUCCCCCUCGUUGUCGCCUACGGCAAACUCAUCCUCGACCGCACCAGCUGGUCGCAAAAGAAGCGCGCGUGGGUUUGUGUUGCUGCUUGGGUCAUCCCUCAGGGCGCCGCUUUCGUGUGGGUCUCGAUUCAGAUUGCUAAGCAGCAAACCCCUCUGAUUGCCUACGACUACGGAAUCCACGGUGCCCGCUGGGCCGAAGCCUACAUGCCCUACGCGAUCAUGUUGAUCACCUCCUACUGGUGUCAGCUCUCGAUCUACUGGAUCCUCGGUACCUUUUCUACGGACGUGAAGUCGGCCUCGCGUACCGGUGGUCUCUUCCGAGCCUUCGAGACCGCGGGUCAGGCCAUCUCGUACGGUAUCAACGCCACCGCCGCCAACAAGAACGUGCCUAUGUGGGUCAACAUCGCGGUCUUCGUCGUGACCCUUCCUGCACUGUAUUUCCUCAUCAGACUGGUGCCUGAGAAGCCGCUGGAGCAUGACGACGUGGCGGACAGCCAUCUGAACGAGCCGAAAGUCAAGGCUUAG